AUGUCUACUGAGAGUAGGGAAACAAGUAAGAAGAAGAAAACUAUUAAAAAUGGUGAUCUUAAUCAGUUGGUUUCAUGGAGGCAGAAGAAAGCUCAUGCAGACAAGGAAGAAGAAACUAUGGGAAAAGAAAUUGAAGAACUUAUAACAUGGACUAGUAUAAUUGAAGCCAUGGAUGAUCAACAGUUGAAGGAAUAUGUAACGAAUAGACCAGAAAAUAUGCAAAGCGUGAAAAUUACAAAGUCCGCAUCAAGUAAAAGAGGGCAACGGAGUUCAGCGAAAUCCAAGUGCACUCCUUCUAAUGCUCUGAUGGAUGCAAUUUGGAAGUUUCAUAGAGAAGAAGAUGACGAAACCUCACUAAGAUCCCCAACCUAG